AUGCAAGAUCGCAACUCCAAAUGGAAAAUAAAUGCACCGCAACCACCACAAUCUGAAGUAAAAGUCAAUGUAUGGGAAAUAAAGCCUCCUGAUUUUAGUUACAAACUGUAUACAUCUUUAAGGCUUGCAGAAAAGCCAUCAAGGACCAUCACGGAAGAAGAAAGAAGAAAAAUCCCUGAUUUUCCAGGAAAAAUGGUUCACCUUCCCAGCCUAAGGAAUCCUCCCAAGAAGGCCAUAUCUCCUAAAUUUAUAACUACAUUUCCACGUCUGGAUUCACAUAAAGCAAAGUUAAUGUUUGUGGAGAGUGGAAAAUAUCCAAGUGGUGUAUACCUCAAUCCAAAACCACAUGACUUUCGACAGAAUGAACAUAAUUUACCAAAUUUUGUGAUGACUUAUGAAAAGGACCCUUUUGGAUUAAAAUUUAAGUCACAACACUUAAGUACAGUAAGUGGGUCCCCAUCGCUGAAAAAAGGUCAACAGAACAGUACAGAAAGAUUUAUCACUUACAAGCCUCGUGAAUGCACCUGGGAUUCAAAGCUAAUUUUACCAAAAGCCCCUUGGCCUGUUAAAUCUGCUUCAUACACAAGACACAGAAGGCGGCGAGAUGCAUACAGUGCGUUUAUGGAUCGUGUGGAAGAAAAGUUUAAUAAGACAUGCAAGAACAAUGGGCAAAAAGUUUAA